AGCUGUGGCAGCUGGAAGAGUUUUCUGUGUCGCUGCCUUUACUGUAUUUCAUCACAGGAGCGGACGAUCGAAGCCUACUCUUUCUCUGUCUCUUUCUAGGGGGUGUUCUGAGAUCACAUAGAACGAUGGUGAAAGCUGUUGCCGUUCUUAACAGCAGGGAGGGUGUCAGUGGCACCAUUUACUUUACCGAGGAAGAAGAUGGAUCAACUAAAGUAACAGGAAGUGUCUCAGGUCUUAAACCCGGGCUUCAUGGUUUCCAUGUCCAUGCCCUUGGUGACACCACAAAUGGUUGUAUGUCAACAGGACCACAUUUUAAUCCUCAAAGCAAAGAGCAUGGUGCUCCUGAGGAUGAAAACCGUCAUGCUGGUGACCUUGGGAAUGUCACUGUUGGUGAGGAUGGUACUGUUAACAUCACCAUUGUUGACAAGCAGAUUCCUCUUACUGGACCCUAUUCAAUUAUUGGAAGGGCUGUCGUGGUACAUGCUGAUCCUGAUGAUCUUGGGAAGGGAGGACAUGAACUUAGCAAAAGCACCGGGAAUGCUGGAGGCAGAGUAGCUUGUGGUAUUAUUGGCCUGCAGGGUUAAUCUGCCACCUCUUACUGCUGUUCCAUGAAAAAUUCUCUCAGGGUUUCUACGAAAAAAGACAGGUGUUCCUUUGGAAUAAAAGGAUAGGCAUGUUGCUAAAACCAUGAUAAUAUUAUCACUUGUGUUUCUGUGCAACGUGUAGUUCGUACUCUUUUUUGUUAGAGCGCAGAUACUAGUAGUCACUUCAUCCACUUGUUAUUUUUAUUCAGUACAUGAAACUACCAAAUCUUGCACU